AUUUAUUAGUUCAGACUUUAUUGGAAUAUAACACGCAAAUACAAAUCAAGUGUACUUUUGUAUUUUUUUUAAGAGUGGCGCAACGACGCAUGUGCCGAAUUGCAAUCCAUUGUUAAAUUGUUAACGUUUAAGUUGUCUAAAUUUAUUGUUUCCAUUUCGCACUAACGUGGGUGUGUUGUCUUUGGCGAUUCCGUUCCAUCGGGAGGCUGUUUGCGAUCGGUUUACUCAUACAGCUACCCUUUGGUUACCUCUGCAGCACAAGGACUUUCUGGGCUAGCCCGAGAACUAGCCGUUUGUCAGCCGUCAACGUGGGCCCCUGACGCCUAAACGGAAUAAUCUCGUAGAUCGUUUGUGCGUGCAAGAGCCGGAGUCGUAGCGGGAGACGGACUUGCUGUUUGCCGAAUCACGCAUCACGCAUCAUCAUCGCCGUUGCCAUCGCCAUCGUCCGAAAGAGCUAUCUCUUAAUUGGCUUAAUCCCUGGAACGCAGCAGCUUGCUGUCGCUUGCUUGGCCAGUGAAGGCGUGAAAUGGGUGCGCGGCAGCACGUCGUAAGGAAUACGAUCAUCGCAUAACUCGCAUAAAUCGCAUAUUGAGAUUCAAGGAGCAGACCAGAGCAGACCAGACCAGACGACCAGCGAAUUUAUUUGUACGGAGAGAAAUCCCGAGAGAGCAAUGAGUCAAGCCAAUGCGCCAGAGCCACCGGCGGCGGCGGUCAAGCCAAAGGCGCCGAGGUGUCGCAAGCGCCGACAGCGCCGGAAGCGGCAGAUCGCCUACCUGGCCAUAUGCAGCCUGAGCGUGGCAGUGUUUGGACUCGCGCUGGCCACGCUGAUACGACCAGCAGCCGCCGCCGACGCAGACGCUGACGCUGACGCCUCGAACGAGAAAACGGAAAAGAAAGGUGACGACCAAAAUCCCCAGCUGGAAUGGCGGGCGGGCUACGCGGGGCACGGCACCACCCACGAGCAGAUGGGGGAGCUGCAUUGGGCACCGGUUGACUACACCCCCUACAAGCCUACCGUGAACUAUACUCGCCCGCCCACAUCCCCGACGACUGCCAUGAAUCCGAUUUUCAACUUCACGCACAAGCUGUACGACAGCAUAAUCUCGGAUGAGCCGGCCCUGCCACCGGGCUACAUUGUGAUGCAGGGCGACUCCCUGGCUCUUGGUCCCAAGUUCCACAAUGCCGACUUUCGAGAUCUUAUAGCCCGCUAUUGGUUGGUUCUCAUCUUCAUUCUCUUCCUCUGCGUCAUCAUUGUGGUCAUGCCGUUCGUAGCCGUCUGCUAUUGCUGCCUUUGCUGCUGCCGCCGGUGCCGUCAGGGCUGUCCCCCAUGUACCAGCAAGCAGGAUGCCCGACGACGGCUGUGGUGCGGCGUUUGUCUUCUCAUCCUUAUAGUGGGACUGAUCUUUGGCAUUGUUAUUGCCUUCGUGACAAACAGGCUGCUGGACAGGGGCUUCGAUCAGGCCACCGUGACAAUGAAGCGCGGCAGCGAUGACAUUUGCUUGUUCCUGAAGGAUGUGGCCGACCACGUUCACCACCUGAUGGUGUACAACUACGAGGAAAUGCAGACGCACAUUUCCGAUGAGCUAAGCAAUGCCCACAAGCAUAUAUUUUUGGACUUGGCGGAUACAUCGGAGAGCACCUCUUUGACUGAGCUGGAGCGGAUAUUGCACAACAUGCCGGAGGCGAGACAGCUGAUGGAACAAGUCGCCAAAAUGGAAACGGACUUGCGCUUCUAUGGGGCCCAACUGCGAGACGGUCUUCGGGGCAUGAAGCGGGAUAUCAACUUUGCGGUGGCCAAUCUGUGCACCACUCAGGAAUGCCAGACCUUCCUAAGCUCCAGCAGCAUUGAGAUGAUAGACACCUCCAAGUGCCUGCACUUUGAUACGAUUCCCAAUGCCACGAAAUAUCUGGAAGGCUUGAACAUUGUGGUUAAGGAGAACUAUAUCAAAAUACCCACGGACGGACUCACCCGCAUGGAGAAUGUCAGCCUGAAGGUUAAGGAACAGCUGAACUCUGUUGCACCGACCAUUAUUCGGGACCUAAACGGCGGCAGGGACACGUUCCGCUCGCACGCGAGGAGAAUACGCAACCAAGUGGAUGCAGUGCUCAGUCAGAUUCACCUGAAGACCUCACGCUCGUCCAGGUCCUUUGAUGAUGUGUACGAUAAGUUUGGCAACAAUCGCAGCGUUAUCAGCGUCAUUGUGUGCCUGCUCAUGAUAAUGAUUCUUGGCAUCUUGAUUGUAUCUUUGCUUUGCGGCUGCUUCGGUAGACGGAAGACUGGCUAUCGCGAUGACUGCUGCAGCAAGGCAACGGCUGCCAACUGCCUAUUUCUGGCCAUUUUAUUGAUAUUCUGUCUGAUCUCGUUCAUCACGCUUAUGGGACUGGUCUACUUCAUGAUCGGUCUAGUCACUUACCAGGGAGCCUGUGCCCCACUCCGGGAUGUGGAUAAGAACGGGCUGUUCAGGCAACUGGACUCUAUGGUCGAUCUGAAUCGCUAUCUGCCGCGCGCCGACGAUGCAGAACCUCAGAGGGCAGCCCCACCCCUGCGCAUGUCGAAUGCGCUCAAGAUGUGCGAGGCCAAUCAGUCGGUAUUCGAUAUGCUGCGAGCAAACAGACUGUACGACAUCAACGAACUAAAGCGCAUCAAGGUGAUGUCGUCCGAGGAGGAUUCAGACAGCACCAAAAUAUUCGACGAGGAUAUGUCUAAAACUGAGCUCCUAACACCGGCAGAGUUUGAAAAACUUGAAGCAAUGCGUCAAGGCGGUGCGGCCGAUUACCACAGCGAACUCUUUAAGGAUCUAUGCAGUGAGUUCACGCCGGUCAAUCUGAACGCACUUGGCGAGAAAAUGUACGCGUUGUCGAACAGCUUGGAGUCACCGACGUUUGGCUGGGCCCGAGUUUCCUUCUGGAAUGAGGGCCUCAACGCCAAGUCGUACUAUCAGAACUUUGUACCCAAGCUAACGACCAUUGUCGAGAAGAUGAAGAGCAACAUGAAGCGUAUCGACGAGCUGCUCUUAUACGAGAAUCGCGACUUUAACAACAGCAUAAGACUGCUGCUGAAGGCCGUGAGAGAAUCACAAAAUUUCAUUCAGACCAAGGGCACUACAUAUAUCAAUGAGCUGGGUAAGAACCUCACCAGCACCAUUUCGCAAAUGAUCGACGAGUACAUCUCCAUGGUCAUCGACGAGUCCAAUGAGAAUGUCGGCCGCUGUGAGCCCCUUGCCUACAUUUAUCAUCAAGGCGUUGACUUGGUUUGUCGCAGCAUGGUCGAUCCCAUAAACGGAUACUGGGUGGGCGUGCUGCUCUGCGCCCUGCUCUUCCUGCCCAUACUGUAUGUCUCUCACCGUCUGAUGUGCCUGUACAAGAAGGUCUAUCCAUAUAUGGCUUCUGUCGCUAGCCAUGUGGACGUCGUUUACGAGGGCGGCAGCGAACGCCUAUACGACGCUUAUAGUGAGCGCGAGCGCGAACACGUUCCAUUGGCUAAUGUGCCAAAGAAACGGCGCAAGGCCUACGAACGACGUCGCGAGCAGCAGGAAUACUAUGAGGACGCAUCGCCCAGUGUGUCGCGUGCCACUCGCUCCGGUGGUGGUGGCGGUGGCGGUGGCGGUGGUGCUGGCGGGGAUGGAGCUCCUGGCAGCAGUAGCAUGAGGUACAACGAUAUGGCGCCCACGCAUUGGGACCACGAGCCACCCCGCUACCACAAUCCACCAGCUGCGCCUCCAUCCUCUGAAUACGAACGCCCACCGCCCUACUACUAUCCGGGCGCCUCCGAACAGGACUAGGCGUGAGAGCGGCUGGAAAGACACAAGGCGCCACAUGGUUUGAAUCCACAGUUGGUCGGGACAGCUUUAGAGGAGUGGCGGCGACAUGGAAGGUUAUUUUUUUUUUUUUAUUUGAAGUCCCUCUUCGAUUUUUCCUUCCCUCAUCCCCGUUACUGAGACUGUAUAUUUAGUUAAAAAUCUGAAACAAAAAAUAAGUGAAAUUAUAUAAUUUGAUUAAGAAUUAUCGUAUUUAGCAUCACAUGUGUUAUAGUUUUGGCCCCGCCCGACCUGAAGAGAGAGCAAACUGCCAUUGAGCAAACCAAUACGAUUAUAAUCGGCAGAGUUGGCAGAGACAAGACAGAGACAGAGGGCCGAGGCAAAAUGAGAAGCGUUUAGAAUAGUAGUGUUCGAAGAUUAUAAGGCCAAAUAAGGAGGGAGUUAGCCGAAUUCGAUGAUGAUUGUCACAGUCGGAGCAUUUAAUCUCCCCUUACUCUGCACGAGGGCUGAGCAGCAGGCAUGAGAUCUGAUCGGCUGUUGUCUGAUGUGAGUCUGCCUGGCUGCGAGGCUGGCAGUACGUUUUAAGGAAUCUCAUAAUUGUAUUAUGCACACUGACAGGUCGGCAAGAGGUACAGUGCCCAAACACGUAUCAACCGAUUAUAACCGAUUACACUUCCGGGAAAUCAAAAGCUAGAAAAACAAAAUAUGAAGUAAAAUGAAAGCUGCCAUUUUAAUUUAGAGGAGCAGAGAUAUAUAUUCAAUGCAUUUAAUGUAUUUGUUUCAGAAACAACACACAACAACAACAACAACAACUGUGAAAGCAUAUGCAUGUUUUAUUCAAACUGACAGAAUAUGCACUCACGCAAAUACCAAUAAUAUAUGUAGAUUCCGAUACAGAUGCAGAUACAUAACCAUAUUAUACAGAUACAAAAAUGUAACACGUAUUUGAACACGUUGUCAUAGUUUAGUAAGAGAAAACAAAAGCAAAAGCAAAGGUAAAAGUAAAAGUAAAAGUAAAAGCAAAACCAGCCCUAAAGCAUUUAAACGUUUCCAAUUGUAUUAGAAGCUAAUGCGAUCUGUAAGUUUCCAAAUAUAAACAAUAUACACACAAAAAUAUACACAAUCUAUCAAUCAUACACACACGAACACACACACUCACGCUAGUAUAUGUAUUGAUUACAUAUUUAAUUAAAUAAUUCUAGUAUUAUACGAAUAAGUACGGUAUGUAUGUUGUAUUUUAUAUUUGACGUACAUUAAAUUAAAUGAUUUUUGCUUAAGCCAAAA